GGUCCAGCAACUAGGAGAGGAAGGAGGUGCGGGAGGUGCGGCAGGUCCAGCAACAAAGACAGGGAGGCAUCAGAGAGGCGAAGGCAGACUACAGGAGGAGGAUAGAGGACCACCUGAACAGUAACAACAGCAGACAGGCAAAGCAUGGCAAUAUCAACUGCCCCAACUCAUUCACAUGAAUGGGCCUGCUCAUCUGUGAACUUGAGCUCCUGGAGUAUGUGGGUGUGUCAGAGCCUGUUAUCAGCGUUUGUAUCAAGAGCAGAAAAACAACAAAACAUAUUUAUGAGAACAGGAACCGAAGACAUGCCAAUGAAGUGUUGAUUGCCAGCACAACAACACACAGAAUUCUCCAGCACAAAGGCAUGGGAAGAUCACAAUCUAAGGAGCAUCCUCCUCCUUCUCCUCCCUCCUCUCCACUGCUGCAAAAACCCUGGAGGGAACUGGAGUGGAACAAAAGGGAUGAGCUGAUAGACCAUUUAAGAAGAUUUCAGAUCAGCAACCCAGAUGUGAAGCAUCUCCGUAUCCUGGUCUAUGGUCCAGUGGGAGCAGGGAAGUCCAGCUUCAUCAACUCCAUCGACUCCAUCUUCCAGGGCCGGAUGACCAGUGGAGCCAUAGCUGAAGCAUGUGCUGGACACAGCUUCACAAGGAUCUAUAAGACCCACAAAAUCAAAGAUGGAGAAUAUGGAUCCCAUUUACCAUUCGUCAUCAGUGAUGUUAUGGGUCUGGAAAGAGGAGAUUCUGAAGGGGUGCAAACAAAAGACCUCACAAAGAUCUUGAAGGGUCACACCAAAGAAGGUUAUGUGUUCUAUCCACCACCACGUCUACCGGAGAAGGACAAAGAUUACAACAAAGCUCCAGGUCUGAGUGACAGGAUUCACUGUCUGGUCAGCGUCAUUCCUGCAGACACCCUCCUCUGGUGUGCUGACAGCAGUAAAAUUUCUGACCAUGCCAUGCGGGAAAAGGAUGAAGCCUUCAUCCAAAAGAUGAAAGAUGUCAGAGCAUAUGCCAGCAUGAUUGGCAUCCCUCAAAUUGCCAUCCUGUCAAAAGUGGAUGAGGCAUGUCCUGAGGUCCAGAAUGACAUUAAGAUGAUCUACAGAAGCAAAAUCAUCCGGGAGAAGGUUUUGAAGAACUACCAUGAGGAGAAUCGUCUGAACGAUGAUAUGGAUGUGCUGCUGCUGUCUGCAUUGAAAGAGAUCCUGAACUUCGCCAAUGACCAUGUGGCAGAGAUGAAAAGAGAAGAGAGACACAAUUCACUGUGUUUUACUCUGCAGGGGAAAAUGGGGCUUUUCUUUUCCAACCAACUACCACCACCUGCUGAUCCAGAAUCUCCAUUGAUGGACAAUAGCUGGUGUGAAGUAAACUGGGAACAAAAUCAAACCAUGAUGAAGGACAGUUUGAGGACACUUCAAAUUAGGAACCCUGAAGUUCAGCAUCUCCGGAUCCUUGUUGUUGGCCCUGCUGGAGCCGGAAAAUCCAGCUUCAUCCAUUCUAUGCGAAGCAUCCUGCAGAACCAGAUGCUCAACUCGGCUCUCACAGUUGCAUCAACCUCAGUUGAAAGCUUCACAACAACCUACACCACCAGCAGAUUUGAAGAUGAUCGUGGAAGGCCUUUUCCAUUUGUUACCAGUGAUGUCAUGGGCCUGGAGCCUGGAAAGGUUGCUGGAGUCCAGCCUGAGGACAUUGUCAACACUUUGAGAGGUCACAUCAAAGAGGGCUACACGUUUAAUCCCAGAAAACCAUGCUCAGAAAGAGAUACAACAUACUGGAAUAGCAACCCAAGUUUGAGUGACAUGGUUCACUGCUUGGUGUUUGUCAUGUCAGAAGAACACUUCAUCUUAAAUUGCAGCACUGAUCAAAACACAAAUGCUCACAACAUACUUUUCCAGAGGCUAGAAGAAAUUCGACGAAAAGCUUCCGAUUUGAUGAUCCCUCAAAUAGCCAUCUUGACAAAAGUGGAUGUGGCUUGUCCUACUGUGAAGAAAGACAUCAAACUGAUCUACAAGAGCAAGUCAAUCUUCCGAAAGGCACAAGCAUGUAGUCAUGCCUUAGGAGUCCCUAUGAGCUGCAUCUUCCCAGUGAAGAACUACCAUAUGGAGAAACAGCUCAACCCUGAUGUGGAUGCUGUGCUGCUGUUCACACUGGGAGAGAUCCUGAGAUUUGCCAAUGCCUGUGAAGGACAUCAAUAAGCAUGAGGAGAAGACGUCAGGAGAAGAGGCAUGAACUCUCUCACUGACUUGGCAGUGGGGGAGGACCAAUGUAGCACUGGCACACAGUAAACCCUGUAGAUUUGUGGUCCAUGUAAUAAUUCCUUAUAUUGAAAUUAGCCUGUGUCCUGUAUGAAUCACACAGCUAAAUGCGUACAAUAUAUAUAUAUAUUCUUUUAACAAAGCAUUUUUUGGGGGUAAUCGUGGUGAUUUUAUAUUACCUACAGUACUACCAUGCUAGUGUUUAUCAAGUUAUAAUCUUGCUAUCAUGAUCAACAAAUAAACAUGUUUGUCUUUUUUGUUCUGCUUGUAUUAUGCAUUUGAGCCAGCACAAUUCAGGGAAAUUAACAUCACUCCUCUUGUAGACCUCUUGAUAAAGAUCACAAUUACAUUUUUUUACAAGA